UAUCGUUAUUUUCCCCCACCUGCUAGGAAGGAUCCAUCUCAGGUAAUUCGAUUGGAUGAUUCAAGGUCCAGGAAGGGUCAGGCCAUUGUUCUUGAUGAUGAGGAUGAAACUUCUAUUCUGGAGAAAGAAUGUCAAGAAAACAAACUUGAUGAAUGCCUGAAGGAAGCUAAGAUAUAUUAUCCAUCGAGUGAUGAUCCGAAAUGUGUUGAAAUUUGCUACGCAGACAUAGAUUGCCUCGCUCCUGGAGGCUUUUUAACUUCGACUAUCAUGAACUUCUACAUUCGAUACCUGCAACAGCAAGCGUCUGUAAGAGAUAGAUCAAUAUCUGACUACCAUUUUUUCAAUACAUAUUUCUACAAGAAGCUUAAAGAGGCUGUUUCCUACAAGCGGAGUGACAGAGACAGAUUCUUUGCGAAGUUUAGAAGGUGGUGGAAAGGCACAAAUAUUUUUCACAAGGCAUAUGUUCUAAUUCCAAUUCAUGAGGAUCUUCACUGGAGUUUGGUCAUUAUUUCGUUCCCUGAGAAAAAAGAUGAAUCUGGGCCAAUUGUACUUCAUUUAGAUUCUCUGAGUCUUCACUCUAGUAGAUCAGUUUUUGAAAACAUAAAAAGUUUUUUGAAAGAGGAAUGGAAAUAUGUGGACAAAGAGUGUGUGCCUUCAGAUAUUCCAAUUGCUGAGAAGAUAUGGAAGUAUCUUCCACGUAGAAUUGAAGAUAAAAUACUUGCGGUUCCCCAACAGAAAAACGAAUAUGACUGUGGUCUAUUUGUGCUGUACUUCAUUGAGCGUUUCAUAGAAGAGGCUCCUGAACGACUGAAGAAGAAAGAUUUAAACAUGUUUGGCAAGAAGUGGUUUCAACCUGAAGAGGCAUCCAGUUUGAGAGUGAAGAUUCAUAAGUUGCUCAAAGAAGAGUUUCAAAAUUCCUACAAGGACAUGCCAUCUGGUGAAUGUGUCACCAACACAGACAAGGAUUCUUGACCUAGUUUAGGACCACGCAUUGAAAUCCUCAUUCACCGGAUGAAUAAUCUCUGCAUGGUUUACACUGCUGAUUAUUUGGUGUACAGACAAUUCGUUUUGCAGCGUUGGUAGGAAUCAGAGGAUCCCCUCAUAAAAUACAGCCGACUUGUCCAGUUUCUCACCCUUUCAUGUGGGUAAGGAAAUGUUUAGAUACCAAAUGUAUAGUAAGAAACUGUAGAAAGCUGAGCUUUAGUAUGUCAAUUUCACUUGCUUAGGGUAGUCGCUGAGAAUGAGAAUCCACACAAACAAUAAUAUUCAACAAGCCUUAUUUAUGCCCCAGCCCUUCUUUGUAUGGUCCUGAGAAUUCCUGGCACUUUGCCACUUUGUUAUUUCCUAUCAGCUUCUACCUCUUCUAACAACUAUUCCUAACUAAUCACACUCAACAGUAGCAGAUUAUCUGAAGGAGAUGAUUUGAGCCUUUCAGUUUUCAUCAAGCAUUAUGAAUUCUUUUUUUUUUUUUGGCACUACUGUCAUAGUUAAGCUUUGUUCAAAAUUAAAUUCCAUUCUGGAUAAUUAAGUAUACAUUCUUAUUUGUUA